AUGUUGACAUGGUGGAAACUGCCUGUUCCGACCAUCUCGACUUUGCAGAUAAUCGAACCAUUUGACUGGAAUCAUAUAACGCCAUCCACCUCGAUACACUACCAUGACUGCUUCGAUGGCUUCCAGUGUGCCCGUCUCGAUGUCCCGAUGGACUAUCAGCGAUCGGAUGGACGAGGCCGUCGAAUGGCCCUCGCAUUGACGCGUCUUCCAGCCAAAGUGCCCGCGACGGAUCCCCGAUAUGGAGGAGCAGUUUUGAUCAACCCUGGUGGUCCCGGUGGUUCGGGAGUCUUCCAGGUCCUCCGGUCCGGUCGCAAUCUGCAGACCAUCGUCGAUGCGGACGCAAAUCCUGAUAUUGAGCUGGAUGAGACAGCCAAGUACUUCGAUAUCAUCGGGUUCGAUCCGAGAGGUGUGAAUAACACCACGCCUGGGUUCAGUUGUUUUCCCGAUCUCUUUUCGCAAUUCAACUGGGAAAUGCAGACAGAAGCAGAUGGGCUGCUGGGUGCUGGUGAGGGUUCUCUCAUGCGGAAUUGGCAGCGUAACCAGGCAUUGGCAGAGGGAUGCUCGAGGGCUCUUGCGACUGCCUCGGAUGGCGAAGAUGAAGCUCUGGGACACCAUAUGAACACGCCCCCAUUAGCACGAGACAUGAUCGAAAUCAUCGAGCGACAGGCUGAGUGGCGGGGAAAGCAAGGGAAGAUCGAACAGAAACGACACGACAAGAAAAACGGCUACGAUGCAGAGCAGACCAUCGCGAGCAGAACACGAUGGAACCAGGGCCAGGAAAAGCUCCUCUUCUGGGGUCGCUCGUAUGGAACACUUCUUGGAACAACCUUUGCAACCAUGUUCCCCGAUCGCAUUGACCGAAUGCUGCUGGAUGGAGUGGUGAAUGUUGAACGGUAUUACCACGGCAUAGGCCCCAGCUCCGUCGUAGACGCAGACGCCAUUUUCGAGCGAUUCUUUCUAUACUGCGAUCAAGUCGGGCCGGAGCUAUGUGCGAUGUAUCGCGAGGGCGGAGUCGCUGCUAUCAAAGAAGUAUACCAAACUCUGAAAGAAAGCAUCUCCAACACGACAAUCGCAGUUCCAGCCUCUGCGACUCGCGGCCCAGAAGUAAUCACACCAACCGAUCUGAAGAACCUCGUCCGCGUCGCCAUGUAUCAGCCCAUGGCUGGGUUCCCACUACUGGCACAGCAUCUCGGCCAACUAGCUCUAGGAAACGGAUCGUCAAUGGCGGACUGGAAGCAGGCUUCCCGGACGCCCUAUUAUCCAUCGCUGGAGUGUCAGCAAGCCGGUCCUUUUUCGAGAGAAUGCAUGCCACCGGGCCAGAAUGAGUUGUACGCCAUGUCUGCGAUUAUGUGUUCAGAUGCAGACUUUCUGGGCGUGAUGGACGAGGGAGGGUUUGUUGAGAUGUGGAAUGAUUUGAGAAAAGACAGCACCAUGCUUGGAGACUACUGGGCGCAAUUACUGAUGGCAUGCACGGGGUGGAAGGCCCCAGGGAAGUGGAGAGUAGACGGACCGUAUACAGCCAACACAUCGCACCCACUGCUAUUCGUCAGCAACACAUUAGACCCUGUGACGCCAUUGAACAGCGCCCAUACAAUGUCUCGGCACUUUCCGGGAUCCGCCGUCCUCCAGCAGGAAUCUGAAGGCCACACCACCAUUGCAGCACCCUCUCUAUGCAUUGCAGCAGCGAUCCGAAAGUACUUUCAAACAGGCGAAUUGCCACUCUACGACACAAUCUGCGACUCGGAUAUGAAGCCUUUGUUGGGGUCGAUUAAAACGCAGGAUGUUCAUGAUGAAAAGGUAUAUGCUGCUUUGAUUGACGAGAUGAAUCAAAUACGGGGGAAAGGUUUAUUGUAG